AUGCUGCGAGUGUCUGGUCUCCGCAAACCCAUCAACGAGAAGAACAAAGAGGUCAAGAAGGACUUAGAGGCGGUCAGGAAGAAGAUCUUGGAGCUAGAGAAGUUCUUAAAGGACCUCAAAGCUGAGCUGGCGCCUCUCAAGGAGGCGGACAAGGAGGCCAAGGGACUCCAUAACCGGGUGAAUAAACUCAAGGGCCGCCUGCAGAAUCAAGAGGCUCAGCUCACCCAAAAGCUUAAUGAGAAAGCUGGCGAGGAGAAAAUGGCCAUUGUUCAGGACAUGAUGGACGACUGCAGUGCCAUCAUGAAGAUGACCUGGCCGGCCCUCUUCCUAGAGUCUGGCUAUGAAAAAUGGGAGACCCAAUUCGCUAUCUGUACUGAUCAAUAUAACAAGAAGAUCAUGGACCAGGCGGAUGGUGAGGAAGAUGCGGAGGGCGAGGCGUUUGACUCCACUUUCGGGGAGUCGGACCAAGAAGAGGAUGACAAGGAGGAGAAGGAGGAGGCGGAUGCCGAAGAAGAACAGCCGCAGGAGGAGGUGGAUGCCGAAAAAGAACAGCCGCCGGUUGAGGAGCCAAAGGAAGCGGCUGCUGACACUGAACGUCCUCCUCAAACUGCUUGA